AAUAAAUCUAAACUCUAAUAGAUCUAGAUUAGAUAUAUUAUAACUAGAUCUAUAGUGACUAUAGAUCCUAGAUCUAGUCUUAACUCUUAACAGUGUUACUGUUAGUGUUACUGUUAUUGUUAUAUUGGUAACUUGUGUUGUCUCACUUGUCUUGUGUGGCUGUGCUUGGCAUCUUCGAAUCUUUCUAAAUCUAGAUCUAGAUCUAAAUUCUAGACUCUAGAAAUACGCUAGAUCUAUCAAAAUUAAAAAUCAAAAGGCUUAAAAAAGGUUUUAUGUGAUUGUGAGUUAUAAAGUUUUGAACAAUGGACAAGACACCAGUUGAUUGGGAAGAGUUAGAAGCUCAAGCAGUGCUUAUACAGAGGCUGAUCUCGGAUCAUGAAACUAGUCUUGAUUCUCCUCAUUUUAUUUCAAGGGUAGCACAACCUGAUGGUCUCAUUAAUGUUGAUUCCCCAUUUCAUGAUCUUCCAGUCUCAAGUUGUCAUGUUGAGACACUAACUAUCAAAGGGAGAAAUAAUUUUACUUUAAGGUCACCCCUUAAAAAUGUAACUAAUUCUGGUAUUGAUGGUACCCCAGAAAAGCCGAACCAAGAAAAUCUACCCAUAAGUUGUCCAACAUCUGCAGAAUUCAAAGAAUUUCUGUUAAAGAUUUCUGAGGUCUCUCCAGGUUCAAAUGACAGCUCAUGUGACAUCAGGUUGGAUGGUAGCAAAGAUGAUUCAUCGGGUUAUAAAGAGAAGGCCCACAUAAGGAGAGGAACAUUUGAUAUUGAAGAUAGUGACAUUAAAAAGGCUGAAAGUAACAAAACUACUAGGGGGAGGCUUGGGACUUAUAAUUUGACUCCGCCCUCCCCCUUGUUAAGUAGUGGAUUAAAAGAUUCUGGAGAGGAUGGUUUAGUAAAAACAACAAAUAGCAAUGUCAUUGAGGAAAGUAAAUUUAAUAAUGUGCAAUCAAUGAAACCUCUUGUCCCUUCAAUUUCAUCAAUUUGCAGUUUAGAUGAUUCAGACUUAAGCUCUAGUGAUGAGAGCGUUGAAGAAACUGAAACCGAAGAAGAUAUUCCAGCUACUGAGCUACUGAUUGUCCUUGAUGAAGUUCCGAGCGUCAAAUCCUCUGUGAAAAAUAAAAAGUCCAGGAAACUAACAGACUUAAAAAUCCAAAGUAAUGUUCUUAAAGAUGUCCCUCAGAAUACCAAUGAGAAUUGCACUAAAAAAGAAACAAAAACACUAGACCAGGAAGAAAGUGAUAUAGUGAAGGGCAUUGAAACUAAAUUAAACACAGAGACUGUAUCUGUGAACCAUAUAGAAAAAAUUGAUUUGCCAACAAAGGAGGACUCUAGUUUUAUCACAGCUAGCACUCUUGAAAAAGCUGAAAACGUUGAUGAAGUUCCAGGAAUAUUGACGAAUGUGCCAGCAACAAAUGAAAAUUCCAGUAACCUAACCUCUUCCAAGAUUGGGAGUUUAAGUUCUAGCAAUAGCUCAUCUUCCAACUCUAUGCGGCUUAUCCCUAAAACUUCUAGUCAUUCUGUGGUGGCUGAGCUCAAGAAGGAGCAGAAAGCGCCUGGCACUGUUACUAUAAAUAAAAGUCUAAUUAAAAGGUCAAGUUUGGGGCAUGCAACACAGGUCAAAGUGCCGGUAAAUGCUACAGAAAGACGAUCUUUGGGUGCAUCUGCUCCAUCUAUUAAGCCAACUCUUAUGAAACCUGGCCUAUUACAGCCAAAAGUUGUUGCUAAAAGAUCUUCUUUUGGCAAUAAAACUGGCACACCUGGAACUGAGGGAAGCAUACAUAUAGCUGGAGAUAGUGUAUUGUCUAGAACUGUCACAAAGUCACAGCCUACUGUAUCUAAGGUCUUACAGAAAAAUUCUAAGCUUGAGCAAUCUCAAACUAAAGAGAACAAGUCUCCAAAGAAAGGUGCUUCUCAGGCCUCUGAGAUCAACCAAAAAAAGGUCAAGGGUACUACUUUUUCCAGGCCUUCACUGCUUCCACCAAGACCAUUAGCUAGAGGCUUGCCUGUGCCUUCUAAGACGAAUCUUAAGUCUGCUACUGAGGUGAACAGAAGUGUACAAGAGACAACAAAAGCUGCACCACAUCUAACUAAACCAGUUCCAGAGAUUCCUAAGCCAACUUCUGACAUGUCUAAACCAGCCCCAGUACAAAUAAAGGCCCCACUUACUGCAACCAAAACUCUGAAGCUUGUGAGGCCAGGGUUUACUAAAGCUCCUGGAGCAAAGCCUGCAUCCAACAGUGAGAAUUUCUCAAAAGCAAUGGAGAAAGAGCAGGAUGCUGCAACUGUUGAUCAAAAGCCAGGUGCUGGUUCUGAAUUCAAACUUUCUUCUUUGAAUGAAAGCAACAGUAAAGGUUUAAUACAAAUGCAGAAAAAGGGUCCAGCACCCAUUAAGGCAAUUUUUCAACCCAGCGUUUCAAAAGAUGCCAUCGAAACCCUGCUCCCCGAUGGCUCAAAGACAGUGACAAAAGAGCAAAAUGAUGUGUCUAGAGUUUUAACUAAAUCAGAUCAAUUUGAUGGUUCUAAAACUGUGACUAAAGUGAAACCUGAAGGCGAAGCUAGAGCUCUUACUCUGAGCUCUGAAUGCAGUUUACCCAGCACUGUUAGUAUUUGUCAGAUUACACCCAUGAAAACUGAUAAACCUUUAAAUCCCCGACGACUUUCUGAUGUGUUUCAAAACAUUAGCCCUGAAAGUGAAAAACAAGGGAAACAAUCUAAAAUUCCAACACCAAAAUGUUCUAGAAUUGCAAGUCGUUCAAGUUCAGGGUCCAAUUCAAGUUUUUCAUCUUUUCGGAAACCUUCAGAUUUUGAAUCUCCAUCUACAGUAAGAAAGGAGAGUACAGGAAGUGCUUCAGCCUUUAAGCCCAAGCGUGCUCUGGUCCGUUAUACGCCUGAUGUUGAACCCAGGAGACAGUCAAUGUGGUCACCAGUCAAAAAGAAGCUUUUGCCAGACCAGGAUAUGGCUCAUCAGUGUACUAAAAGGUUACGACCUGGUCAGGAAGGCUCUUUGUAAUUUUUUGUUAUUUCCUUGCAAAAUGAUGUGAUAAUGAGCUUAUUGUUAAACAAUAUCCUGCAUUUUUUUUUUAUUUCAUUUUUUUUUUGUAUUAUUACAAUUCAACUUGUUGGUCAGUCCAAUUAUACUUAAACCUUGCUCAUUUAAAGGACUUUGUGGGUUGUUUCUUUCGUACAUUCUUACAUAAAGCUUUGGCGGUGCAGAUUUUUAAAAAAUGCACAUAAAAUUUACCAGUUUUGUAAGUGGUAUAACUGUUCUAGAUCCAGUAAUGGUAAGCUGCUUGAUGCUGCAAAUAUUUUUAAGUCAUGUUGAGACUCAACCCCCUAAAAUCUAUUGAGAGAUCUAAAUAUAUAGGUCAGUUUUAACAAAAAAAUGUGUAGAUUUUUUCAUAGUCUUAUACCAUGUCAGAUUUCUAUAUUUGCUAAAUGUUCAUAAGAGGAUUAGGUUCCUGGUGUACUCUUUGACUGACCUACAAUGUUACUUCAUUAUGUUUCUCUUUUGUUAUUUAUGACUUUGAUUUACCCCGACAUCAUUUUCUUUGAAUGCUUUAGAUUUGUGAUAUGGUACUUUGAGUAGCACACCAUUGGUUGUAAUGUAAACGGUUAAGACUGUAAUCCUCUAUUCAUAUUGAAUACCCAUAGCCAUAUUUAUGUAUUGACAAACAUGUAUGUGUACAUCUGAAACUCUGUCUUCCACUGUAUGCAAAUAUCAAUGAUCCCUGUAAUAAGUGUAAGCAGCGACAAAUGACAGCGUGGUCAUGUUGUAUGCACUCCAGACUUACCUCGAUUGAUUCUGAUCCUUCGCCUCUGUCAUCCCAUUCUGGCUCUUAGAAGGUUUGGGCCAGGACAGAAUAACCUUUAUUUCUGUAGGAUGGUUUAAAAAAACUAUCAUGUUUCACUUGUAUGUCUCAGUUUCUGGGUUGACUUUAUUUUGGUGCUCCAUACUCUAUUACCUCAUUGGAUUCUGCACAAUGUUUCACAUAACAUGAUCAACUUGAUUGUACACAUGAGUAUAGUUAAUUUCUAAACAUAAAUAAUCUGUUGUGCUUGUAUUUUCUUUUUAUAUUAUCUCCUAGAUGUGAAUUCGAUUCUUUAAGUUACUUUCCAGUGUUAAUGAUUUUUAUUUACAUAGUUUCCUAAGUGUCAAGCAGUUCUUAAGGAUACUUUACAGUGUGAAUAACUUUUUUUUUUAAGUUGUUGUUAAAACUUUCACAUUUUUUAAAUUUAAAGUUAAAUUAUAAAAAAAAAAUAUUAUUUUUAAAAGAUUAAAACUGUCCAUUGUUAAAUCACAAACAUAUAGAACUGUGAAUACUGUACUCAAUAAAAUAUUUAACCUGAGAUUUAUCAAAA